GACAGUUUGUUCGGAAAAGCGAAGGCUGGCCGCCGCGCUGCUUAGCCCGCGGCUCGAGAUCAGUCGCCAGACAGUUACUGCGCGAUGUGCGCGCUGUACGAGAAGAGAGAACGCGCGGAAGAGAAUAUUAUUCCACGAUUAUUGACGCGAGAUCGAUGCAACGACGAGAGGUGGAGAGCGACCAAGUGUCCGGUAACGAACGAAUCCCCACGAUCCGACGACGCGUCGAUCUCUUCGUUAUCGUCCGUCAUAUCAUGGAGAGGUCAUCGAGAGAUAGUGGAUGGAUGGAUCGAACGAUGGACGUGGAACGGAACGUGGAUAAUAGGCUCGCGUCGCGGGAUCAGCUUUUCCGGUGGUCCGGUGGCCGAGGUGGAGCCGUGGAGAGAAGUUGCUACGAUCACCGACCGUCGAGAAGUGGCCGAGGGGACAGGGACUCGGGCAGUUAAAUAGUCGAGAAACACCCUAUCCGAAACGUUUCGCCCACUAAUCCUAAUACCAGACCCUAUUCUCGAGUUAAUGAUAGCUCUUCUUAGACGCAACGCUUAACUUUCGAGCUAAACUGUUGCGCGGUAGCCAACACUCGCCAUCGGAUCCUUCCCUAAUGAAGACCUUUUGCGACUUGCCUCGACUCGCCACCAUUAGACCGAUUUCGCCCAAAAAUAUCUUCCUCGCCCGCGAAACGUUCUCGCGAGAUGAUAACGAUUCGACCCGCGAACCGAUCAACCGAGUUUUGUUGAUACUCGGGGGGGACUGGAAACGUUCGUACGAAAAUUGGGGAUGAAGUGGAAUUGGGGAGAGUGGAAAGAAAACUGUAUUUGUAAUCCCGCGAACAAAUCGCACGCCGAUCGACGAAGAUCGAAUCCAUUACAUCGAAAGGCGUUUACGAUUACGACUCGUAAAUCGCCGUAGUAUCAUUAAUCAGCCUCUCAUUCUCCCGGGAAUGGUCCACGGUUAAUUGCAUCUUACGAUUCUUUACGAUUCUUUACGACGCUUUACGAUUCUUUAUUUUUUAAAAGCUACGAGAGGUAAGGCAGAGAUUGGACCGCUCGCCAACGCGGCCCCGUGUAAUUCGCGCCUUUCGAGUAAUUGGAGUGGAGAAAAUGUGGCCGGUAUCCUUUUAACAUCGAUAUCCCCUCAAACUGUUUCGUCAAGCCGCGCGCGGUUAUCUUGCACAAAAAGAAUCCACCGGUUGACCGUGACGAUCACGCGCGCGCGAUAUCUCUUUUCCCGUUCUUUUUUAAAAAUAUAUUCGUCGACGAAUGCUGGACGACGCUCGUCUCGCAACGUGUAGCUGAGAAAAAUCGAAGGUUUUCGGAGGGAGGGGCAAAAGUCCGUGGAUACUCGAUACUCGAUAGUCACGAGGCGAGGAUCGCAAAAGCGACGAAAGUAACCGUGUGUCAUCUCGCGUGCAACGGAUUAUUAUUAUCCAUUAUCGCGAUGAGAUCGUUAAAGGAGAAAAGGAAGAUUUAGGAAAAUUUUCGAGAUCGAGAUGCUUUUGAUCUCUCUCUCUCUCUCUCUCUCUCUCUCUCUCUCUCUCUCUCUCUCUCUCUCUCUCUCUCUCUCUCUCNCUCUCUCUCUCUCUCUCUCUCUCUCUCUCUCUCUCUCUCUCUCUCUCUCCCGAUUCGUAUCCGUAUCCGUUUUUUCGAGGAUAGAAUCGGUGAAAGGUGGGAAAUUGAAACGGAAACGAAACGGAGAGAGAGGUGUGUGGAUCGGUACUUUUUCCAUCUGGUGGAUCGGAAAACGGGAAAGAAAUAGGAAGAGAGAACGAAAGAGCUAGUAGCGGGCAGGCUCGAGGAAGACGAAAGGGCCCGUUUUAAAGAGGCGAGCAUUAAAAACAACAAUGUCAUUACAUUUUAACGACCUGUUCUUGGGCUCUGCCCUCCCUUUUAAGAACGUUCGUUUGCAGGUAUGUGGUCCGCGCUCUCGUGGGGGCUACCACACCGAGACAGAAUUCUUAAGGCGGUACGCACACCAGCACUUUCCUCUUUUUGCUCUCCCCUCUCCUCGGCUCAGCGGUCGCGUUUACAUCUGCGUGAUUCUCUCUUUACGACUCGGCGAGAGAGGGAGGGAGGGAGGGAGGGAGGGAGGGAGGGAGGAAGGAGGAAGAAAAAAAAAAAAAAGAAAGAAGAAAAGGAAAAGGAAGAAAAGAAAAGAAGCUUCGACUCGAUCGUUUCGCGCAGCUCGUGCUCGCUCAACUACCACGGAGGUGUUAAGAAAUCUCACCGAGUCGGCCGUGUCGUAUUUCGAGCGGUCUCUACGACUCUCGUUCGGUUUAAUCGGCACGUCUAAAGUUAAACUCGAACUCGGGCGGGCAAACGGUUGGCAACGCUCGAUCGAGAGUUGGAAAGCGAGGAACCGCGACGGGCGUGUGUCGAAAUUUCGGCGAGCUUAAAAUUGCGAUCUAAUCGAAGGUACGAAGAGGGUGCGAAAGCAGCUUAAUCCGACACUGGUCGAUGCACAGGGGCCCCCCUUCCACCUCGAUUCUCGGGGCCCGUUCCCCCUCUCUCGCCGAUUUCUCCCCACGCACUCCGGGCACGCCGUGCAGCUCGCGAAGAAUUAGUAUGGGCGAGGUAACAAAAGCACGAGGAACAAGCAUCGGGGGGUGUGCGCGGCGAGUGGCGGAGAAGGAGGAAGAAAAAAAAGGAGCCGAGAUGGCGCCACACGUCCAGCGUGUUUUCGGGGCUUCCUCCGGUGCUGUUGGCAAACUUAUUUCUUUUCUUUUUCUUCCGACCCUCCUCCAUCCUUUCUCUCGCUCCAUCUCGCCCGCCUUCCUCUCGCCCCCUCUCGCUUUUGGCGCGUUCUGCCCUCCCCCCUCCCCCUUUUUUAUUUCCCUCCCCUUCCGAACCCUCAUCCUGCCGGCCCUCCCUAUUAGUUCUCGGCCACGGCACCGUAUCGCGAGGGGAAAAAAAGAGGAGAAAAAGGACGGUCGCAAAAUGCGAAAUUGGGGCUAGACCGAAUCGGCAGAUAGACAGGGAUUUCUCGUUAAAAAUGGAAGAAGCGCGUAUCGCGAAAAUUAUACGCCGAUCCAUCGCGUAUUCGAUCUUUCGAUCGACCUUGGCCGAUGCAAGAUUUCACGAUAGAAGAAAACGUACGAUCGUGCGAGGGGGAGGGGGGAGGGGGACGUCUGCGCGUGCGUAUCUAUCCACUCUUCGCUCUCCGCGCGAACGGGAGAGAAAUAGAGAAUAGAGAAUAGAAAAGAAAUAAGAAACGCCGACUCGAGCGAUACCGAGCGAGUCAUUCUUCCACUUAUGGGUAUGGCUCGAGACGAAGGCACGUUGGCGAAGGCGAUCGUUGCGAGGAGUACGAGUAGUAGUAGUAGCAGCUCUAGUCCUUUGAUACCAAGUCCGUUUCUCCGACCUUCCUCUAUACCUCUAUUCCUCGACGUUACCAUUGGUCGAACGACUCGAACCAUUUUACUCCUAGCGUUCCUCUUUCUCUCUUUCCCUUCCUCUGCUUACUCUCUUUCCCUCGCCUCGGUCUAAGUACCAACGCGGUGGCACAUCGGCAAAGAGAUCAUGAAAAUAUCUCGCGUGCCUCGGCCAUCAGGGCCGUACGAACUUUGGUUCGAUCGCGCUCUCUUCUUCUCUCUCUCUCUCUCUCUCUCUCUCUCUCUCGUCGCAUUUUCAAAUUUUCACAAUUUUCGACGGGCUUCGAGCAACGAAAUCUCACGGAUUAUUUAAUAACGAUCGGCACACAUACGUGUGUGUGCGUGUGUACAUAUAUUCUCGAUUGGACAAGUCGAAGCGUUCGCUUCGGUUCGUUUGCCGAACCAUAAUUCUUCUUCUCUCCGGCCGGAGGAGAGAAAGUCCGAAUAUGAAAUAUGAAUUCCUAUUAGAAGCUUCCUGGAAACGCGGCACGUCACGUCCGCGGGCCGGCUCGUUCUCGUAGGUGUUAAGCUCGGGUCGAACUCGGGUUUUUAAUCCCCGUGCUUUUUAAAAGGUCCCGCGGGAAGAGGCGAGCGGAUAUCGUGGCGUGCACACACGGCUGAUCCCGUGGCUCUCUUUGUGGCCGGCCGCCUAGGCUUGGGGGCGCGUCAAAUUUGGUUGAAAAUCAAAUUAAUCUCGCGGCUGGGCGCAGGACCCUCUCCCGUCUCUUUCCGCCUCCGCUCCUCGGCCUCGCUCCGUCUCGCCUACGGCCACCGCCAGCCUGUCUUCGUCCCUCGCCCCUCGACGACACGAGCAAAUCGAAGGAACGGGACUGGGAGGAAGGUGGAGAAGGAGGUGGAGCGGAGGUCCUCCAUGCCACCGACACGGACCUAGAGGCGAGAAGAGAAGGUGGCGCAGCAACAAAGAGCUUUCGACUUCUGGCUGCGACCCGGCCAGGGCCGUAUUUAUCUCGAUCCUUCUCUUUCCACCGUCUCUUUCCACGCGCUCUCCCCCUUCCCCUCUCCCCAAUUAUUCCUCCAUUUACAUCUGCAAGUCUCGUUAAAUCGCGUUUGCGAGACAGUUGUGGAAGAGUUACGGAUCGCGAAGAAAAAUGAUGAUGGAUCGGGGGAAAAGAAGUAAACGAAGAUCGAAUUCGAACGUUGAUGUGUUCGGCGUGUUAUAGGAGGUGGAUCGUGGAGAAAGAUCGUCGAGUUUGAGAUGAAAGGAGGGGAGGGGCGCAGGUGAUCGCGCGCGAUCUGUAAAUCUUUAAACGUUCGGAUUAAGCGUCCGUCCCUGUCGUAUCCUACUCGGUCAUUCAAAUCUCCGCUCGUGGAAAUGAGAUGGGCGGCCGGACGCCUUGUAGUCGAACGCCUACCCUCCUCGCCAUGUACAGGGUGAUUCAACAAGAAUCCGAGCCGAGAGCUCUAAUUUUCGCACGCCUAUCAUAUCUUUAAGCUAAUUUGAACUCGAUGGUGUCAUCGGUUGCUGCGUCCUUCGAGACCUUUCUUCUCUUUCCUUUUUUCUUUUUUUCUUUUUCCCUCUUCUCCUCCCUCCCCCCCCCCCGUGCCAACCUUGACAAAUUAAACUUGGAAUAAUCGUUGCUUAAAUCCACGUUGCUUCUUGGAAGUGGAAUUGUAAAGAGAUGGAAAGAAGAAAGGGAGGGGGAAGGGGGGGCGAGAAUAAAGAAGCGAUGGAAAGAAGAGAGAGAGAGAGAGAGAGAGAGAUUGGUCGGGUCGGAGAAAGAGGACGAAGAAAUGGAUAAAGAGGAAACCGAGGGUAGAAUAAGAAAAGGUCGGUGUGGGAUCGAGAUUGAAAUGCAUCGGUGGGGAACGAAAAGUUGAUCUCCUCCUGGAAAUACCGGCGACCAAUUGUUGGUGGAGGGAGACGAGAAUUCUUUCCGUUGUCAGGAAUUCAACUCGCGAGUCCAACGACAAAGUAAAUUCCUGAAGGGCCGGGAGGGAUGCACGGAGGUUGGCCCUAUGCCCCACGAUCCGAAAUGGAUCCGAGAUUUUUCGAGAGGCAAAAAAGGGGCCGAACUCUGGUAAUUGGGCCUGCACAUCCUUUUACCUCGUCGUUCGUACCACUUGUUCCCGUGUGCUCAUCUCGAGAGAGAUCAAGAAAGAUCGUACGAUGAGAUUGACGCUUUUUUUCCCCCCCCAUCGCCAUCGAUUCCACCGCCUUUAUAUAUACACACACACGCGCGCGCACACACGCGUACACACGCAUACCGUAAUUCUUCUUCGUCCCUUUUAUCGCGGAAUUAUUGCUUCAUUACCGAUCGCCUGGCGGUAAAAUAAAACGUGCAAGCUUCACUUUAGCAGCUUACCGUUCGAGUAAUCGAACGCUCCUUCGUCCCAUCGAUUUAUUUCUCCUCGAUCUCCUCGUCUUCGAUUCCACGCGACUCGUGAAAAUUGAGAUUCGAAUCGAAGCUUCGCUCGUCCAACCCCACCAUCGUCACCACCGCUUUGCCUCGGCUUUCUCGAUCUGACCUUAAAAGAAAGAAAAAAAAUGUCGCAUACCGCCCCGAACAAAUGCAUCCCGUAUUCAAACCUCGUAGCCUAAAUCCACCGGUAUUUAUGGUCGGGACAUCAUCACGAGAAAGUCUCGUUUUUCCCCCACGAUGUUUGAUCCCGCCAGGCCACAUGGAAUCCCGUUAUCUUAAAAUCUCGGCGACUUAAAACUCGAGCAUCCCGCUCUUCCCCUCCGAAUCGGGGAAUCAGCCUUAACGAUUUAUGAAUGAACUCGAUCUCGUUGUCGUAGCUUCCUUCCUUCCCUCUCUCUCUCUCUCUCUCUCUCUCUCUCUCUCUCUCUCUUUCCAUUAUAUAUAAAACCCUUCUGUUUUCCUCGAAGGAGGGAGAAAAAAAAAAAAAAGAGAAAAAGAAAAAUAUCCAUGGUCACGAGUUUUACGAGAGGAUCCCUAUAUAAUAACGACGCAUCAGCGCCGCGCGUUUUAAACAAAAUUCACGCGAGGAACGAACAAAUUCACGCGAGGAGAAAAAAAAAAAAGGAAGCAAGGGGCACGAAGAAGCGGCACCACGACAAAUCCCGGUGACGUAAUUUCAGACGGUCGUCGAACCUGAGACCUCGGCUGAGCCUCGCCACGAGAGAGAGAGAGAGAGAGAGAGAGAGAGAGAGAGAGAGAGAGAGAGAGAGAGAGCGAGAGGCAGAGCGAGGGACUUUCAUUCAUUCGGGGUGGGGAGCAGCGAAUAAACGCGAUGCGUGCACACGUGCACACGAUCCACGCCGCGGCUCGAAUCGUAAUCGCGAAAUUCCUUCGUUCGAUCGUUGCACGCGAACGUGAAAGAGCGAACGAUCAGAAAGCGAACGGAGAAAGUCCGUUGUUGGACACUCUCUCUCCGCCUUGGAAACUCUCCUUCUUACCUGGCAACUGAUUUAUCGGCGACGCCCGUUCACCUGGAAAGAUUCGGAUACCCUCUCUCUCCCUCUAUUGUUUCAGGGAUCAUGGGAUCGACGUGUCAUCUGACAGCGGUGAUCGCGCUGUUCCUCCUUCGAGCGGCCACUCUACACGCCCAUCGUGAGCACAAGGUUCACAACAUCGUGCUGUAUCCUGACAAGCACAGCUGGUGUCAGACUACCCAGAUAAAGCAGGUGGUCACGUGGCCCCAGUGCUCCUCCCAGGAAUUGGACAACAACGUCUGCGUGGGGGCUUGUUUCUCAUACAUGGUGCCGCACAGCGAGCCAUCCGCCCCCGGUGAUCUGAUCAGACCUUACUGCGACUCCUGUCAACCGUUGGACAGUGUUUGGCACACGGUCACGUUGGACUGCAAGGAUGAGACGAACAAUCCUAUCACGAUGCAGAAGAAGGUCCAAAUCAUCACCAAUUGUUCGUGCACCUCGUGCAUGGAAACUUCCCGUAUCAAGCCGGACUACAACACUCUGCUGCAAUCGUUGACAGACGAAAGUUUGGACAAGAACGUGAACGUGGUGCACGAGAUGCCCGAUCUGUUGGAGAAUCCCAACUUGAACUUCUCCAAGAACACGAGCAGGGACGGUGUCCAGGCUAACGAGAGAUUCAUGCAGAACUUCAAACAGUUGAAAGACUCGGCCAAAUUGGGGACGAAAGAGCUGUUCUCCAAGCUGGACGAGGACAUCGAUUUCGACAAGUUGAGGGAGUUGUUGGACAAAUACGGGCAGGAGGAGGAGAAGCAACACUCUCAUCAACGCCUCCACCAGCAUCAACAUCAAUCGAGCGGGAAACAGCAGCAGCAACAGCAGCAGCAACAGCAGCAGCAGCAGCAACAACAACAGUCUCAGCAUUACACGACCACGAUGCUUCGAGGGCCUCAUCAUUCCAUGGUUUUGGACUCGGACGUGAAAGAGAAGAUCGACGUGGAACCCCAUUAUCUUCAUCCAGCUGUCGCGGGCCAAGAGAUCAGCUAUCACGACAACGUGCUAGCUGUUGACAAGGAUAAGAAAAAGGAUUUCUGAGGGGAGGGGAGGGGUGGAAGACCUGCGUGUUUCGUGAUGGAAACGCGUGGGGUAUUCGGUGAACGAGAUCGAUUUCUUUUCCAUUAUUAUUUGUUAAGAUUCAUUCGUGACCUAGUCCAAUCCAGUAGUAAAUUGUUCCAUUUGAUUUGAUGGUAAAUGAGAUUCAGCUCGUUUCGCGUGCUAUCGCAUAUAUCUGUAAAUAGAAGAGAUUCCUCGUUUUAUUUUAUUUCCGUUCUUAUUUUCUUUUAUAUCUUUGUUGGCAAAAGAUAAUACUCUCUUUUUUUUUUUUUUUUUUUUUUUUUUUUUUUUUUUUUUUUUUUUUAGUAUCGAUUAUUAUCGUCGGGAAACCGAAGUUGGAAUUAACGUGCGAAAACCUCGUUAGGAUUUAAUCAUAUUUAGGGAAAUACGAUAAGAUGGAUGAGUAAAAGAUAUGGAAAGGAAGAAAAAGGGGAGAGAGAAAUUCUAAUAUAUAUUUAAUUAUUAUAUUAAUUAAUAACUAUUUAAUAUACUCACGCGUCUAAUAAACGAAUAUUACGUCCGUUCCGGAAUUUUAGUUAUUAAAAUAGCAGGACUGGAAACCAUUGUAGAUUUAAAGAUGUUAUAUGUCUUGUUGACUGGCUUAAAAAAAAAAAAAAAAAACAUAUACUUUGUCUCGCAGAGAAUAAAACCAAGUCUGUACAAUUUUUUCCUCAUAUGCAUCCUCGACCAUUCUCCCGCUUUGGAAUCGCUUAUUCUUCUUCUUCUUCUUAAAAAAAAGCUCGAGUACCGAGCAUAAGAGAAAUUAAAGGAGGAACGAAAAAUCAAAGGAGGAAGAAUUAUCAGCGAAAAACGAAUGCAAAAGAGAAAAGAAAUGUGAGACGAAUCAAAAGACGAAUCGUAACGUAGUAAGUAAUGCAAUUAGAGAUGACAUGGUUGAAAGGAAUAAAUGUAAUUGAAAGACGGAAUAAAAAUUCGUGCAACGUUU